AUUACUCCAAGAACCAAGCACACCAUGGGCCUCUUUGGAAAGGUGGAGGCUGACGUAGAAAUCACUGCUUCAGCUUCUAAGUUUCAUGAAAUAUUUCACCAAAAGCCUCAUCAUAUUUCCAAUUUCUCUACAGACAUACAUGGCGUUGAUCUACUCGAAGGCGAAUGGGGCAAAGUCGGGUCUAUCAUCGUCUGGAGAUAUUCACAUGAUGGGAAGGUUGUGGCAAGCAAAGAGAUAAUUGAAGCGGUUGAUGAAGAGAACAAUUCUAUCACUCUCACAGCCAUUGAAGGAUGCCUUUUGCAUCAAUAUAAGAGCUUCAAGUUUAAGCUUCAAUGUAUCCCAAAGGAGAAGGGAAGCGUUGUUCAUUGGACUUUAGAAUAUGAAAAAUUGCACCAUGGGAUUCCAGACUCCCAUGGCUUGCUUCAAUUAUGUGUUACUUUGUCCAAAGGCAUUGAUGCUUACCUUAUGGAAGACAAUGAAGUGGCAUGACCACGACCACGACCACGACCAUGGCGUUUCUCCACGCUAUGAUGUUACAUAAAUAAAUCAGGUUUUACUAUGUUGUCGAUUAUAUCUAUGUUUUGCUUCGAUGUUUGGUUGUGUUUUAUGGUAAUGAUAUUGUCGGUUUAUUUAUAAAUAUUUUCAUAUAAGGAUAAGAUUUGAAGUGAAAUUCAAAAGUCACUUCACAGCUUCACAAUGUUCUUUCUCGGGUUUGUCAUGUACUUGCUAGCCACUGUACAAAUUCCCAAUGUUCUUUCUCGAGUUUGUCAUGUACUUGCUAGUUAUUGUACAGCUUUCCAAUGUUCUUUUU